CACCAGAGAGGCGCACACAGACACACCGACUUCCUCGUGAGCCGCUUUUGUUGUGCAGCACGCGCAGGGCGUGCAGGCGAGAAGCAUUGCAAAAAAAGGGGGGUUUGCAAGACGCUUUCAUCCAGAGUGACCGAGGAGACAGAGGCCCGAGAUGGGGACGAGAGAGCAGGACGAGGCGCUGAAAUUUCUGAAGAGUUUUGUGGAGGAGUUUGGGAACCCGCUGGGCCCGGAUGACCCGCUGCCUCUCGCCCCGCUCAGCCGCAAGGUCACCCUGCAGGAGGUGACGGGAGAGAGUCUGGAGCUUGGCCUGCGGCUGCUCUCUGCCAGGCACGCCCCCUCCUGGUUGAGUCCAUUAAUGUGCCACGCUGCGGUCAGUGAGCUUCUGAAAGAUGAUCUUUCACCUUUCCACUGUCCCAAAGACCCUGAGCAGCAGCCAGAUGACGAACCAGAAGUAGUUUUGCUACAGUCUGAGCCUGUUCAACGCCUGUUUAUCAACAAGCUGAGAGACGUUGCCCUGGCCUGGCAGAAACAGCUGCCCAGUCCGGUUCCUCGCUCCUCCCACCUCUGCUCUGUCCACGCCAUUCGGAACACUCGGAGGAAAAUGGAAGAUCGCCAUGUGAUACUGAGCGAAUUUAACCAGCUCUUAGGUUUACAGGACGGUGUGGAGCGUGAGUACUAUGCUGUUUUUGAUGGACACGGAGGGGUGGACGCCGCCACAUAUGCAGCUACUCACCUGCAUGUCUUGCUCAGCCAACAGGAGACCCUAAAGAGUGACACCGCCACAGCCUUCAAAAACUCAUUCAUACAAACAGACGACAUGUUCAAGAUCAAAGCCAAAAGAGAGCGCAUGCGCAGUGGCAGCACGGGUGUGGCUGUGUUGCUGGCUGCCGAUUGGCUGACAGUAGCCUGGCUGGGAGACUCUCAGGCCAUGCUAGUGAGACGUGGUGAGCCCGUCAUCCUGAUGGACCCCCACAAACCCGAGAGAGAGGAUGAGAAGCAGAGAAUAGAGGACCUAGGAGGCUGUAUUGCUUUCAUGGGUUGCUGGCGUGUUAAUGGAACAUAUGCUGUUUCCAGGGCAAUAGGUGAUUUUGAUCAGAAGCCGUAUGUCUCCAAUGCGGCAGACUGCUCCUCGGUUCAGCUGAGCGGGGAGGAGGACUACAUCCUACUGGCCUGCGACGGCUUUUUUGACGUAGUGCGGCCGGUGGAGGUUCCUGGGCUGGUGCAGGAGGCCCUGAGGGAGACAGGUGGCUCCGGGAAGGAGGCCGCUGAAAACCUGGUGAAUCAGGCCAAAGCUGCAGGCUCCAGCGACAACAUCACCGUCCUGCUGGUGUUUCUGCGGGAACCACAGAAACUGUUGCUUUCGGAAAUGGGCUCGGGAACAGAGGGAGAGGCAGGGGGCCAAGCACCACAAAAUUGAGGGAAAGGGAGAGAAGGACUGGAGCGUGGAAGCAGACCACUGGAGGGCCCUCUCAGCUUCCUAAUGUUGCUGUGAUGCCUGGAAUUAAUGAGGCUUAUGGGAGUGGCGCAUUGUAUUGCUCACUUUAAUACUUUAUCAAUGAGGUCAUCCAAAAAUAUGAUAUGACAUGAAUGUGGUUUUUCAUCCACUGAGGAAAAAUGUCAUUAUUGAUGAGCAGUAUUUUUUUUUAAAUCAUGUCAUGAUGAUGCUUACUCUGAACACCUUGGUUCAUUAUACUGGCUUUUAAAGCAGCAUUCUGUAAGAUUUUUUUUAAUUAAGAGCAGAAGAGUGGCGGUGGUGUUUAAAAACUUAUAGGACGCUGCUUUAAAUCAGGCAUUCCCAAAGAUGCUUUUGAUCUACUUGCCUUGUUUUUUUUUUUGUUUUUUGUUUUUUUUUAACUUUUCCUGAUUUACAGGUGCUAAAUCUCAAAAAGGAUGUGAUAACAUAAGUCAUGUUUUUAUAGGUCUUCUAGGGAUCACUGUUCACUGUGUUAAAGGGAUCCUUUGUGCUAAUGUCACCAACAUGGUGUGAGCGGGGACCAGUCAAUUGACCUUUCCAUGAUCUGCCCACAAGUGUAUUGUUCUGUAGAUUGGACAAGUUUACGGAGCAUUGGCAAAAAAAAUCCUAUUCAGCCUAAUAAGAAACUGUAGCAAACAACAAAUUAAAUUAACACGCUUUUAUUUUGUGUAUUUGAAAAGUUAACAUUAGUUUGAUGUGAUUUCCAUAGUAUUUCAUUGCAUUUUAAACUGGAAACUCAAUAGUAUGCAGUGAAUCUAAACUCCACCCUUCACUCUGAUAGGUUGAAUGGAAUUUUUGCCUGUGUUCUGUAAAACUGGUCCAACGUCACAACUGUUGCUAUGAAAGUGUGCAUUUGUGGGUGGAGCAUGGAUAGUCCAAGUGGCGCUAACUGGCACCUGGCUUUCAUUCAUUAUUAGCAACAUCAGUCUGCGAUAGUAAAAUCCAGAGGUUAUGGUGAAGAGCCUCCGUUUGUCCAUUUUCCAGUAGGAUGUUUCCUGUUAUUUGUGACUGUUACAAAGCAGUGUGAACCUAAGGGCACACCCAUCUUAAAUAUAUGACUGUUAAUCUGGUCAAGGCAAUGUGCUUUGAAGAUGAAAUAUUCAUAAAGCCUCAUCUACAUGAGGCAAUAUCGGUCAAUGUUUCUGCAGUUUCAUUAUGUCUUUCUUAAUGUUUUAAUGUGCAUUUGUGGCAGAACUGUUUCUGUGCCAAAACAAAGUAUGCAUGUGACUAACUUAGUCAAGAACUGUCUUCUUCAGUACUUAACUUUCUUAAAAAGGUGAACAAUGUGUUUUAUAUCCAUAUUUGGUAUGCAUAGUAUUCUCUGGUCUUAACAUAUUAAUGUUUUUUUCUCAUUCUUUAUAUCGGAUCUUGGUGCCUUUCUUUAAAGCAGUGUUAAUAAUGGUUGUUGUGCAGUUCAGCCCAGUUUUCAAAAUACAAAUUAAGCCCAGUUCUUGACUAAGAGACUUUUGAUGGAACAUCUCUGUAGGGCUUUGUUCAUACAGGCAGCUCAUGUUGGAUUUUUUGGCCUAUCUGAUCUAAGCAGGAAGGAUUUUCUACAGUCUGAAUGGCGAAAAAGACAACUUUUUCCAUGUGGAUUCAAGUUUGAUUCAAAUUCUGUGGACAUGUAACUCAGUUUGACUCGUCAGAUCAAACCUCUCAUGUACUAAGGGUAUUGUUUUUUUUUUUUAUCUCAUACCAAUAUCAAUACUGAUACUGAUUACUAAAUAAAACAGUAUUCGAUUUUUCAAGUUUUUCACACAUAUAGAUUUAGUUCAGAGUUAAUUUCAAGUUCCCUGUUUAAAAUGCCAUGCUACCGCAAUGUGCUCAAUUUGCAUAUAUUUGUUUUUACCUACGUUGAACUCAACAAAUAAAUAGGAAUUGUGCACGACAAUUUGCGGCUAAAUGCCAUAUUUAAGUUUGUUCCAUUUAGAGGAUGUUUUUACUUAUUUUCACCUCCAAAAUCAACAAAAUAAAUAAUUUGACUAGGGCUGUCCAAAGUUUUGCAUAUAAGUAUAGCUCUUGAAAUUGAAUGCCAGUGUUUUGAUGCUCGGUAUUAUUUGAAGUAAUUAGAAUAAAGGUAAUAAAUUACGAUACAAAGUCCUAGCAGCACUUCUUGACGCCAGAAUGUGUGACGAAAGUCGUUCAUUUGCUCCCCCUUAGUUGUCAAAUGACUGACUUCACCAUUUUUAUGACAACCAGUGUAUUUGCAAGCAACUGUGACUGCAAUCUGACCAUACAGAUUGAUUUUGGCUUGCAGUGUGGACACUCUAAAAAUCAGGUUUAAGAAGCAAAUCCCAGCUGCCCUGAUAUGUGAACAAAGCCUUACUAGGUCAGUUAUUUCAGAAGUGGGCUUAUUCUGUGUCUGAAAAAACUGUCCACAUAUACAUGUUUCUAAAGGACAGUUGAGUGUGUGUGUGUGUGUGUGAGAGAGAUGAGAGGGUGUUAUAUUAACUCGCAGCCAGGCUUGCUGCAGGGCCACGGGUCCUGCAUGCGGUUGGCUGUCUCACAUUACUGCCUGCUCAAAUGUCAUGAAUAUUUGAAAGCCUUGUGACAUGUAGCUAAUAUGACUGGACUGUGGCUUUAGCGCGGACGAGCUAAGAAUAGAGCUAACUUAAUGUGUGUUGGAUCGGAGAGAGAGGAAGAAGAAGAGACAGAGCAAUGAAGUGUUGAUUUAGUGAUUUGAUGAAAAUGCCAAGGACAUGGACAGUGAUUCUCUUAAGGUUUUCCAGUAGCGUUGGAAGAUCGCCUCGCAAGUUCAAAUCUGUCAAAGCAACAUGUUUCGUAUCUGAAUAACUGCUUUCAUGCAGUCGUAUGCAAAACUUUAGGCUGACUUAUUUGCCGAAUUUAACAUAUUGGGGGGAAAAAGAGGGUCUGUACAAGUUAUGACACAUUUUAUACUUUGUUUUAAUUUUUUCAAUAUCAUAACCUCAACAAAUAAAUAGAUAUUGUGCACUGAAAUGUGCAGAAAAUGGAUAUAUUUGUUCCCUGUAGAGGAUGUUAACUUAUUUUACUUGAAUCAACAAAACAUCUAAUUUACUAGGGGUUUUCAAACUUUUGCAUACAACUGUAUGUGUUGUUAGUAUUUCAGUAAUGUGUUUUCUUACACGUUUGAUAUUCUGCUGCUCCCUUGACACAAACCUGCUCCGCCUUCAAAUCCUUUCUAUCGUAGCAACUGUUGCUAGGUUGGACAAGCUUUACAGAACAGCAAAUCCAGUUGAAUCUAAUGAAUUUAGGGGUUUAGAUUUUGCUACAUAACAUUGAGCUUCUGGUUUGAAAUGCUACUCUACUGGGUUGUUGUAACUUUUCAAAAGUAGGCAGGUUGAACUGCCACUGAAUUUGCCACUAUGCUAAUGUUAUCUCAGUUACACAACAUAAAACUACACCCAGUUUAUCUUAACAGUGUCAUCUUUCACAUGGAUAGAAAAUUAGCAUCACUUGAAAUUAAUAACGCCCAAAAUUUUCAUAUUUUGAGUUGCAUACUACAGUUUCUGAUUGUAUUGAGAGGGAUUAUAGUAACACUGUUAUUUUUUAUUUUGAGAUUGAUGCUUUGUAGAUGCUGAAAUUUGUCUUCAACAUUUAAUUAAAUAUCUACAAAACGUAACUGAACUUGAAUGCUGAAUAGUUGUAUAGAUUAAAUGAAAUCUAAGUCUUAAACUAAUCCUAACCUUAACGCUAAUGCUGUAGAAAUAAAGUGUGAUUUUUUUGCCAACAAUCAGUAAAGCUUAUCCAGCCUAGCACAGUUGCCACAAAAGCACAUUUGUAGGUGGAGCAUGGAUAGGUCAGUUGUUGGAUGAUUAUGCAUUUUGACUUUGACUGUUCAUCUCCUUUGCUCUGUCUUUCUACUCUUUCUCUCUCAUUCACUUACAUCACUUACCCUCAAUCUACUGUCUGAUCUCACAUUUCCCAUCAGGCAGUGCGGUUUACCAGCGACAUUGUGACAUCACUGAUGAUCUUAUCGAGCAUCAUCUGAUUUAUUUGCACCCCCUAAACCACAGACCCCCAGGCUGUGACACUGAUGCCUGUCUGUAGUGCUGUCUAAAGCCAUUCACUUUUGCAUUGUGUUUGCAUUGUGAACAGAUGUGUUUUUGUGUCUUCUUAAUCUUUCCAAUAUAUUGAGCAUCAAAGUUGAGAUAUUUAAGACUGGUCACUUUUGGGAAACAGGUCAAGCCUAAUCUAGGACUAUAUUAUAAUGAAAAUGGUGGUUUACUGAAAUGAAAUGCCUUUUUAGUCUAGGAUUACUCUUAACCUGGGUCUGGGGAAUGGGUUUAAAGAGGAAUUCCACUGAUUCCAAUGUUUGCAUAGUUCAAUUUUUAAGAUGUAAAUAAAAUCAUACAGAGUGGCCUGAUGUCAAAAGCACUAGUCUAGAGAAACGUACCAGCUCUUUACAGUGGUGGUGAUGGGAACCAGACAGCUUUUGUUUACAUUCCCAAAGAUAAAUUGAUGUUAAUGUCAAAAAUCAAUGGAAUUCCUCUUUGAGUUAAAAAGUUAAAGAGUAUAUCUGACCACUGCCCACAAUGCGCUUCUUGCCAAUGUGAAAACCAAUUUAUAGAAAUUUGUAGGUGUUUAUUUCUUUGUGCAUUAUUGACUGUUUUCCAAAGGACUUCAUGAGGCUGUAGUUGUUGUUAUUUGUAUUGUUGGAGGACAUGAAUCUGUAUCAACUGUAUGUAGCCCACAUGUGCCACACAUCUCCAACAUGAGGCCUUAUUUGUGCCUUAUUUUGUGUGUGCUCAUCCUGGAGCUUUCAAAAUGAAUACUGCCGACACAAAGCGCAGCAUUUUGCUUUCACAUUUACUAAGCUGAAACAUUUAUAGGGGAACUGACAUUUUUUCUCUGUUACAUGACUUUUUGUGUGUGGUAUUGUGCCUGUUUGGAUGUUUGUAAAUUUUAUACUGGCAGGAGUAACUCUGUUCCACUCUGAGCAUUUGUAUUGUAUGCACUUGUAAUAGGUCCUUUGAUUGUAUUGCAUAAUUUAAUGUUGAUACCAGUCAUUUCAAACUGAUAGAGGUUUCUAUGUGAACGCAUUUGUUAAGGAUCUAUUUUGUGACCUUUCCUUGAAAAGUAUUAAUUAUUUUCAUUUCAUAACUGCUUUGCAUUGAGUGAGAUGAGAGUUGAAGUCUAAUCAAUCGUGAUAAUAAAUAAACAAUAACCACACUAA